AUGACGGCAGUGUUCCUGGCGACGUGGUUCCUGGCCGUGCACCAGCACGUACGCGCUCUGAAAUGCUACUCGUGCUCAUUCUCGUUCAAUGAACUCUAUGACCUGGAUCAUCGAGAUGCGUGGUGUGCGAACGAGUCGCUGGUGCUGUUCGACACAGAUGAGACGGCGAAGUCGUGUGCCCCAUGGGAGAAGUUCUGUGUGACUGCGGUAAACACAAUCAACAAGGCGUUCACGUCUGUGAGUCGAGGUUGCGGGGAACGUUGCUCGGAACUUUGUGAAUCAGUUGGAUACGGCCACGAUCAGGUGAACUGCGACGAUUGCUGCGAAGAGGAUCUUUGCAAUGCGAACUUCUCGGUCCAGUACUACCAAGAGAUGAUGAGCAGACAGUACACUUCGUGGACGAUCCCUCUAUCCGGCGAAGUGCAGUGGAAUAAGAAAAAUAAUUUCAAAUUUCCCUACUAG